AGUAUGAGUGUUGGAAGGAUCAACCGCUACAGCAUUGUGUCAUCUGAAGAAGAGGGCCUCCGCCUCACUACCAUGCAUGGCAUGAACGGCUUUGGAAAUGGCAAGAUCCACACACGCCGCAAGUGCCGCAACCGCUUCGUCAAAAAGAAUGGCCAGUGCAAUGUGCAGUUUGCCAAUAUGGAUGAAAAGUCGCAGCGCUACAUGGCCGACAUAUUCACCACAUGUGUUGAUAUUCGCUGGCGGUGGAUGCUGGUAGUCUUCACUCUUGUGUUUGUCGUCUCCUGGCUGGCCUUUGGCUUAGCCUUCUGGGUCAUCGCUUUACUGCAUGGGGAUCUGGAUAACCCAGCUGGAGAUGACAACUUCACGCCAUGUGUCCUACAGGUCAAUGGAUUUGUGGCCGCCUUUCUAUUCUCCAUUGAAACACAGUCUACCAUAGGUUACGGCUACCGUUGUGUGACGGAGGAGUGCCCAGUGGCUGUCUUCAUGGUGGUCUUCCAAUCUAUAGUGGGGUGCAUCAUUGACUGCUUCAUGAUUGGCGCCAUCAUGGCCAAGAUGGCGAGGCCUAAGAAGAGAGCACAAACACUAUUGUUUAGCCACAAUGCUGUCAUUGCCAUGCGGGAUGGAAAGCUGUGCCUCAUGUGGAGGGUGGGAAACCUUCGCAAGAGCCACAUUGUAGAGGCCCAUGUCAGGGCACAGCUCAUCAAACCUCGGAUCACUGAUGAAGGGGAAUAUAUUCCCCUCGACCAGAUAGACAUAAAUGUGGGUUUUGACAAAGGCCUGGACAGGAUUUUCUUGGUUUCACCAAUCACUAUUCUCCAUGAGAUAGAUGAGGAGAGCCCCCUUUUUGGGAUCAGCAAACAGGACCUUGAGACAGCAGACUUUGAGAUUGUCGUCAUCUUGGAGGGGAUGGUUGAAGCAACCGCCAUGACUACACAGGCUCGCAGCUCCUACUUGGCCUCUGAGGUCCUUUGGGGUCACCGGUUCGAGCCAGUCUUGUUUGAGGAGAAGAACCUGUACAAGGUGGAUUACUCUCACUUUCACAAAACCUAUGAGGUGCCGUCCACCCCCCGCUGCAGUGCCAAGGACAUGGUGGAGAACAAGUUCCUAGUCCCCAGUUCUAACUCGUUCUGCUAUGAAAAUGAGCUGGCUUUCCUAAACCGCGAUGAUGAGGAGGAGGAUGUAGGUGGUGGAAGCAGGGCACUGGCAAACCUCAGUCCAGACCGGAACAGCCGACAUGAAUUUGAACGCUUACAGGCCAUCAGAACACUGGAUCAAAGGUCAUAUCGUAGAGAGUCAGAAAUAUGA